UGAUACUAACAGAGAUCUGUAACACCAGAGAGAGAGAGAGAGAGAGAGAGAGAGGACAGAUCACAGAUUACAAUUGGAGAGUGAGAGGUUAGAAUGAAUGCAACAACUUUUGGAAUCUGGCAAUGAUGGAUUGGAACAAUACAACACUGGAUUUGAAUCUAAGAACAAGCGAUUGGAAUGUUACAACAACAGAUUGGAAUUUUUUGACAAUGCUUCAAAAUGUGAGAACAGUCGAUGGGAAUGGUAAAACAUUGGGAAGGGGUUUCAUUGAGAUGUUGAAUUCUCUUUCUGCUGCUUUUGCUCGGAAGCCACUGAAAAUCCGCAUUCGAAAAGUCCUUCAGAUUUUGCAAUUCAUUUAUUAUCCGAUUCUCGCUAUUGCUGCAGUGCCUGCCAACAUAGUAACAAUUGUGAUCCUGUCUCAGGAAAAGUGUGGUCUCUCCCGAUGUGUCUCUCACUACCUCGUAGACAUGGCAACAGCAGAUCUCCUGGUCAUUAUCUUUGACCUCAUAUUGCGACACAUUCCAUUUGUCUAUUUGGAACAGCAUCAUUUCUUAGAAGAUAUCCCUGUGUCAGAAAUCCAUCAGCAAAAGCUAUCUGCCAAAGGAAUGCAGCAAGUUAAACUGGAAUUUUCCAGAGUCUAUCCAUCCAUGGAGCAGCUUCCUGGAGCCCUCCAGAAGUGGCCACCACCACCUCUGAGUUCGAAUCCAACUUGCAAAACAGUAAACUCGGGAAUGUGA